AUGGAAAGCUCCAAGGUAGGACCGACGUCCGAGCUGGUGCGUGCGGCCAAGAAGCCACCGCGCUUCAAGCGGCACCGCACUGCGCUAGCAAUCAGUCUCAUCAUGCUCACCAACCUCGCCUCCUUGCCGCUCAAGGCGUACCUCUCCGAGCCAUGGCCGUGGGACAUCGACCCCAACAUCCCAACGUUGCCAUCCAACUUUACAGCGUUCAACACCUCGGCCUUGGCACGCUACCAGCGCCUGUACAACCGCAUCUCGCUGCCCCUCGGUGCGACCUUCGGCGUCAACACGACCCACAGCGUACACGUGCUGCGAAUGACGGUGCAGACAGCCAACACACCGGCCAUGUCCGCCGACGACUGCCAUCGUCACUUCCUCGUCGGGCUGCCCGGUUCCAUCUAUUUUGGAGAGAGCAUGCGAUCGCUGCUGUGUGAGUUUGCCGCCACCGACCAUAACGAUACCAGCUGGAACCAUCGAGGCAUUUGCGGUCACACGCGCAUGCUAACGAUCAACCUCGGCGAAGCAUGCAUCUGGCUUGUCGCAGGCGAUGACAUGCUCGGUCGCGACACCACCGGCACGUACACCUUGUACUACGUCCUCCGCAUCUACUCGUACCCCGAGUGGCUUUGGCUCAAGCUACUCUAUCGACUGUGUCUGACGUGCUACGUUCUGCUGCUGCUCUGGCGCCGGUAUUAUGGCCCGUACGUCCAGCUGGAGCGCGUUCUUGCUGUCCAUGGGCACCGCACCGACUUGAAAAAUGCGGGUGCGUGGCGCUACGUGGUCGUGCUUGGCGACCCGACAGCGCUGGUUCUUAUGAACUCCAACGUCGCCGUCGCCUUUCUGCUCGACAUUUGGAUCAGCUCGGAUACGCUCGGCGUGGCCAUUCUUCAAUCGAGCCAAAACCAAGACAUUCCGCUGCUGCUCAUCUCGUUUUUAUACCUCUCCCGCGUCGUUUGGAUUGCGUAUGCGGCGAUCUGCCUCGUCUCGCGCUGGCUCAAGCGCUGCGGCAACGAGCAUCGCUUUUCUCAAGUCGACCCGACGCUGUUGGCGGUCGUCGUCUCGAUCUACGGCCCACUCCUGACGUGGCUUGGCAGCAACGUGAGCUUCUUUCUAUCCACGUACAGCUAUCUCCUCGAGUGUCUUCUCACGGACCAAGACAAAGCGAUUGAAGUCUUUCCUGUCGCCGUCUUUUACAUGGUUCUCAUGGGUUCCAUGCCGCUGCUCUACGGCUUUGGUGCGCCCUAUCUGCGCCCUCGAAAAGUUGCACCGCUCAGUCGGUCCUUCUACACAAGCUGGCGCAACAACAACUUCAAGAACCGGCUUUUGCUUGCAGCUCUCGGCGUCCAUCGCUGGAGAAAAGACGACGACGACGACCUCGUUUCACUGGGUGGCACGCUCUACUCGAUCCUCGAGCUCAACCCAAAGUACCAAGCGUCGCCUGCGAUUUGCAGCCGCGCCGCCGAUGUCUUCCUCCUCUGCUACGAAAACGAUGUUCUCCAAGCCAAGAUCCGAUUGAGUCUCAUGUGCAGUUUGGACGGCGCUGCUUCGCGCCACCACGCAGCGAUUCCGGACGCCGCGUCGCCGUCGCGCUACAUUGUCAACGAGCUCAAACGUCCGUUGGCCCAAACCUUUGCCUCGGUCACACUCGGAAAGCCUCUCAGAACGUCCAUUGCGUCCCCUCUCAGCAUUGCACGACCCACCGUCCAGUCCCAGUGGUGCAUGUAAUAAAGCAACAUAUCCGGGCAGCAAUAGCCUUGGAGGCAGUA